AUUGACCAUAUGAAACGAUAGAGCAACCUCGACUCUAUAUAGUGUAAAAAUAUCAGCUCUUUAUCUUUUGUCCUUAUGGAAUUAUUCAAAAAAUGCCCACGGCCAUUUAAUUCUGAAAUGGGCAGUAAUUCAAUACGAGUAUUAAUGCAGAACAUUGUUGUCCUAAUCAUGAAUUUGAUCGAGCAUUUAAUAUCUACGAUCAAAAAACGAAAUAGUACUAUUGAAUUACGAGAAUCUUGUCGAUUAAUUUGGAUUAUAGAAAGAUCAAUAAUAGUAGAAAGAAUAUCAAACUUUAUUGAAUGUGCAAAUAUGGCUGAUGAUAGAAGUUUAAAUUAUGAACAGAAAUACUUCUUAAUGUUAGUAUGGAACAAUAAGUUUUUUUCAGAUGUAGAAAACAAUGAUUUUAAGACUGUUGGAGUUCAUAUGCUUUUUAUAUGAUUUUGUUUUUUUCUACAUUACAUAUUUUUGAAAAUCUGAAGAGAUAUAAGUAUAUCUUCUUACAUUCUUCAUUCACUUUAAUUUAUUAUGUCACAGAAUUCAGCAGAAAUAUUUAUUUUGAAAAAUCUACUGCUUGAUAAAUGGGAUGUGAACUGAAUUCAUAUAGUAUCAAUUAAAUCUAAACUACUGCAUGACAAUUAUGGUCGACUGACAUGUAUAAUAAUUCACUCUGGUUUGUUCAGAAGAAUAUUAAAAUGAAGACUAAUCGAAAGGCUCAUUUGAUACAGAUUCAAAAAAAUAAUUUUCCCAGACAACUACUCAUAUAUUAACGAACAAGUUUUCUUCGUUUCACUUUUUUCACUUAAUUUCAAUCUAUAAAUGAAAGAACCGAUGUAAAGCAAGACAUUUACAUCAGAAUCAAUCAUUAGUUCGAAUCAAGAACAAUCAUCAAUAUCAAAUGUAGAAAAGAUCAAUUUAGAUACACAAAUUGAUGAUAUUCGUUCUAAUUCAAAAAAUUCAUCUAGUCUUCCAGAAGCAAUUGUUGAAACUCUUCAACCAUUGAUAUCAUCAACAAUCGAUACUAAUAAAACAAAUCCAGGUUAA